GGAACAUGACAGCCAACCACCACUGUCAGUCGAUUCACGAUUUUUAUCUUUUUAUCAUUACAUUAUUAUUUAACCAAUCAUCAUCAAAUCGUCAUUUCUUUUUCCUUUAAAAAUUUGAUUCGAAUCAUCGGAAACACUUCUUCUCCCUUUCUCUCUUCUUCUAAGAAGCUUUGACUUGAAUUUCAAUGAAGAAGAAUUUGCUCUGAAAAUAAUCGAAAAAGUUUUAACUUUUUUUUUGGGGUUUUGAAAAUUUUGAGCUUUUGGGGUUUAGAAGAAAAGAAGAAUGGGCUGCGCUGGAUCGAUGCCGGCCAAAGGAGACGGGAAUGUGAAAAAUAUCCGGAAGCCGAAACCCUGGAAACAUCCUCAGCAGAUAACAAAGUCUCAACUUGUGCAGAUGCGUGAAGAGUUUUGGGACACUGCUCCUCAUUAUGGUGGCAGGAAAGAGAUCUGGGAUGCACUUCGAGCUGCUGCUGAAGCUGAUCUAACCCUUGCUCAAGCUAUCGUGGACAGUGCAGGGGUCAUAGUGCAAAAUGCUGAUUUAACUAUCUGCUAUGACGAAAGGGGUGCCAAGUAUGAACUACCAAAGUAUGUUUUGAGUGAGCCAACUAACUUGAUCCAAGAUAGUUGAAAAUAGAGAGAAUAUUGAGAACGAUGUGUGCAAGGUUGAAUGUAUAUCAUGUAUAUUACUCUCUCAUCUUCUUUGAAACCCUUUAUAGCCUCUUUUGUGCCUUUUUAACUUUUGAUUACUUUCGACGUUCGCUAGGUUGCUGUAAGUUUCUCUGAUGAAAUGAUCAAGGGCAUAAACAUUGGUUUGAAUUGAGUAAGAUGUCUCAGUUUUUCUGUGGGCUUGCAUAGGCAAAUGUUGUUUGUCGGGAGAUAGAUGUUUGACCCUUGUCUCAACUUGAAGAUUCUAUAUAUAAUAUUUUCAUAUAAUAUUUUCAAUGACGAGAUUUUACCUAAACAAAAUGAAUUUGAUUCUGAUUACCAAAGUAAAACUAAAAUAUCUGAGUUAAAUCAAGAGAGUAUGCUAUGGCAUAAUAUUCCAUUUAGAGCAUCGCCAAGUCUUUGUACACGUUUCAGAUUAUGGUAUUCUUCCUUUUCUGUCCCUUGCUUUGUCUGUUCCACAAAGUUCAGUCCUGAAACGACAUACACAAUGGGGAUUAUGGUAUUCUUCUUUUUCUAAUCCUUGCUGUCUCUUUUCCACAAGGUUUAGUCCUGAAAUGGCACACACAAUUGGGUGGAGGGACUGUUAGAUUCUCUUCUCACCGGCCAUCC